AUGCACCCAAAUAGCAAAACAACUCCACCACGUGCUCAAAUAUGCAUUCAGUCGCACCAGAAUGAUCUAAAACAUGAAGAUGCUUUAUUCGAAUCAAACGUAAACCAUAGAAAUAAUCUUGACUUUCAUGUCGUUGCAAGUGCAACUUUAAAAUUUCAUGAUGCGAAACCCAAAAUUGGAAUAUAUGCAAUGAAAAUAUCACCAGUUGCGAAUUAUUACGGUCCACCUUUAUAUGGACAUAUUCGUUGCCGUCUUGUCGUUCAGCCGUAUUCGAUAUUAGCGCCAUUAAUCAGUGGUUUUCUUACAGUUUAUGAUAACUAUGAACUCAGUAAAUAUCCUAAUUUACAUUGCUCUCUUCAGGGAGGAAUAUUUCGUUGUAAAGAUAAGUAUUCUGAACACGAUUUGUUAAAAAUAACUCUAAAUGAGGUUGGCACUUUAUUUAUUUGUGUUGACUUGAUUAUUAAUAGCAUUGAAGUGGCAGUAUCGAACCAUAAAGAUAUUAACAGAAGGCAGCAAAAAUAUCUUCUCAUCAGUAAUCGUGAAAAGGAUAUCGCCGAAUGGAUGAUUUGCUUAAAAAGACAAAUUUAUGAUCUGAAGAUUUGGGGCAUUUUCGCUAUGACAGAAGUAAAGUUGAUUGAUGAAAGGAACUAUUUUACAUCCAUCUCAACAAUAGCUCAAGCAGGAGCAAGAAAACUGUAUGAUGAAAUUCAAAUUCAUGGGUUUUUUACUGGAAAUUUAAAAGAGCGACAUACUAAACGAACCGAUAUACAAACAUUAUUUAAGGAUUUAAAUACUCUUAAAGAAUCACAAGAACGAAGCGAUAUGCGAUACGUGACAACACUGCAUAUUGGAUAUAAUCCUGAAACUCUUGUAAACAGGUUUCAAGGCAAAUACCACGAUUCUGCAGCUGGGACAUACCUUUUCUAUCCGGGACAGUAA